GGGUAUAUAAAUAGACAGGUAAGCCAUAUAUUCAUAUUGGAAGAGUAAACUCGAUGGUAAAGAUGACUGUGACACACCACGAUAGGAUUGAAAAAGAUGGAUUCACUAUAGUGAGAGGAAUCCUUACCCCGGAUCAAAUAUCAUACUACAAAAGGGCCUCGCAGGAAGUGGUUGAUUACGCCAGAGAAGGGAAAUGGCCGCAUGUUAGAACCAGAGGGAAACAAUUCCCACCUUGGCCUAAGAACUUUAGUCCUGAUAUUUGGGGGAUCAGUGGUUUGCUUAACCCUGACUUAAAAGAAUUACUGAAGCCAUUUCAAGAGUGCUAUUGUUUAAAGCCAUUAUUGGACGUUGCAAGUGAUAUUCUACAAACCACUAAUGAAGAAUUGUCGAUGGAACUAUUCAAUAUGCUAAUCAAUCCGUUGACUGAUUUUGAUUUAGAAUGGCAUCGAGACUAUAUACGCCCCGAAGCCCCAGAAGAAGAAGAAAAAACCGAGUUAUUGAAAGACCCAUACGCUGGAACCCAAUUUAAUUUGGCUCUUACUGAAGACAAGUGUCUAAUUGUUGUGCCUGGAUCUCAUAAAAGAGUUAGAACACCAGAAGAACGCACCAAAACAUCUAACGAUAAUCGCAAAGAGUUUAUUUCAAAUCAAUUAUUAGUCGAAUUACAUCCUGGAGAUGUAGUUUUCUACAAUAGUAAUAUUUUACAUCGUGCAACCUACUCCGCUGCUGACCUAAGAUUAACCUUACACGGAUCGUAUGGGCAUUCUUUACAUGGUAAAACUAGAGCAAAGGGUGUUUUACAACAUGGGGUAGCCGAAUGGUUACCGAGAUUUCAGCCAACCCAACCACAAUUGGUCCAAAUGCGCAGCCACUUGGAGGCCACUUGCAAAGAGUUUGAAGGAGUCAACUUGGGCUACUCGCUUGACGGAUGAUCAAUUAAAUCAAUAUAAAUCAAUAUAAAUCAAUUAAAUCAGUAAAAACCCAUAUAUCGUAAAUCCGAACCUGUAUCUAACUGUAUAAAACGAAUUAUACGGACUCGGAGUGGAGUGACGCACAACCGCACACCGAGGACAUAA